AAAACACCAGCAGAUCUCCUCCUUUCUGUAAAAAACUAUCUGAAUCUUUUGGGCUUUAUCCGUCACUCCAACAACAAAGACGAUGGGCACUAGAGAUGACGAGUAUGAUUAUCUGUUCAAAGUGGUCCUCAUCGGUGACUCGGGGGUGGGGAAGAGUAACCUGCUGUCCCGCUUCACCCGAAACGAGUUCAACCUGGAGAGUAAGAGCACCAUCGGAGUGGAGUUCGCCACGCGCAGCAUCCAAGUGGACGGCAAGACGGUGAAGGCUCAGAUCUGGGACACGGCGGGGCAGGAGCGUUACCGUGCCAUCACAUCAGCGUACUACCGCGGGGCGGUGGGGGCGCUCCUUGUUUACGACAUCGCCAAACAUCUAACCUACGAGAACGUUGAGCGCUGGCUGAAGGAGCUGAGAGAUCACGCUGACAGCAACAUCGUCAUCAUGCUGGUGGGAAACAAGAGCGACCUGCGUCACCUCCGGGCCGUCCCCACCGACGAGGCACGAGCCUUCGCUGAGAAGAACGGUUUAUCUUUCCUGGAGACGUCGGCUCUGGACUCCACCAACGUCGAGACGGCCUUCCAGACCAUCCUGACAGAGAUCUACCGUAUCGUCUCCCAGAAGCAGAUGUCGGAGCGCCAGGAGAGCGACAUGUCGCCUAGCAACAACGUGGUCAACAUCCAGGUGCAGCCCACUGAGAACAAACCAAAGAUGCAGUGCUGUCAGAACAUCUAGCCCGGCUCCGGAUCUGCUGCUACCCCCCCCCCCCCCCUACCCCUCCUCUCUUUAUCUCUCUCUCUCUCUCUCCACAGUCCUCCUCCUCUUCUUCUUUUAC